AACAGCACGUAGGAGCACUUGGGCGAACACCACCGAGCCGUAAACAUUGAAUCUGAGUGAAUUCGUAUUUUUUUUUUUUUUCUUUUAAAACUUUGUUUUGAAGUCAGGUGAUUUUUAAAAGCUUUUUCUCGGUGUUUGUCGGUGGUGCACAGUUUUUUUUAAGAGAACGCUGUGAGUUUUAGAAGGGUUAGAAGUUAAGAUACCAUGUCGACUGGCACAACCCCGGUGAAAAGCUGCCCAAUUCCCACCAGGGUGCUGACCCUGAAGGACUGGUCCCAGCUCCCGGACUGCUACAGCCAGACGCCCGGAGGGACGCUGUUCUCCACCACGCCCGGAGGUACUCGCAUAAUCUAUGACAGGAAGUUUCUGUUGGACUGCCGGAACUCUCCCCUUGCCCGCACUCCUCCACGCUGUCUGCCACAGAUUCCCGGGGUAACGGUACCUGCUACACACCCCAUGGUGAAAUUGCAGCAGCUCAAAGAAGAAGCUGAGGAGGAAGAAGAGGAGGAGAAGGAUAUUGCAGAUGACAACCAGUUUGAGAUGGACAUCUGAGCUCCGGUUUUACAUCCUAUGGGGAAGAUUGAUGAAUUAAACACCUCCAUGGUCUCUAAUGACUGGAACACAUUAUAAAGCUUUUUUCCACAGCUUUUUUUAAGUAAGGCUUUUUUUUUUUUUUUUUUGAGGAACCAAAAAGAAUGAAGAAUGUAGGGUGUUUUUGACCCUACGUGUUAUUAAAAAGAAUUGCAGCAACUGAUCAGUUGUCCGGUCACGGCAGAGAUGGAGCAGGAUGGAAAGUUUGAUUUCACUUAAAAAAAAAAAAAAAAAAAAAAAAAUUGUAAAUAAGAUGUAAGUAAGAUCUAUGUAACCUAUUUUAUAAGAUGGGUAAUGUAAGAUGAUUACAUUAAAAGUUUUGUUUGUUUUUUCCUCUCACUGCAAAGGUCAGUUGAACAUUAUUCUUUUUUCUUUCAAAAAGGAAUGAAACAUUUGUAUUUGGCGAUGCUAUUUUUGAGCAUUGCCAAACCUUGGGGGUGCUCUUAAAAAUCAGCUCUGAUUUUUCUCUGCAGGAAGAGGUGAAAUGUGAAUUAUUUCAAAUAAAGGCUGGUUAAGUAGUUA